AUGUUAAGAGAAUAUAAAUUAGUCGUUGUCGGUGGAGGUGGUGUUGGUAAGUCUGCACUUACUAUCCAAUUGAUCCAAUCACAUUUUGUUGAUGAAUACGAUCCGACAAUUGAAGAUUCCUACCGUAAGCAAUGUACAAUUGAUGACGAACAAGUCAUGUUGGAUAUUUUAGAUACUGCUGGUCAAGAAGAAUAUUCAGCCAUGAGAGAACAAUAUAUGAGAACUGGUGAAGGGUUCCUUUUAGUUUAUUCCAUCAAUUCCCGUAAUUCAAUGGAAGAAUUGCAAUCAUUUUAUGAACAAAUUCUUCGAGUUAAAGAUAGUGACAAUGUCCCAGUUUUAGUUGUUGGAAACAAGUGUGAUUUAGAAAUUGAAAGACAAGUUAGUUAUGAAGAAGGAUUAGCCAUGGCUAAAUCCUUUGGUUGUCAAUUUUUAGAAACCUCCGCAAAACAAAGAAUCAAUGUUGAAGAAGCAUUUUACGAUUUAGUAAGGUCAAUUAGAGACCAAGAUAAGAUACAAGAUGCGAUCAAGAAUAACGAUUACUCAAGUAAUGGUAAUAUACAACAGCAACAAACAAAUCAGUUAGGAAGUCAACUACAACAACAGCAACAACAACAACAUCAGCAACAACCUUCUCCACAAUUACAACAAGGAUAUCCUUCUCCUUUGUCACAACAGGAAGAGGCACAGGGACAAAAUGUUGUUGAUGCAUCCGCAAGAAGAAAGCAACAGGCCAAGCCACAAGCACAACCUGAUGGGAAAGAAAAGUCAGGUUGUUGUGUGAUAAUGUAA